GGCGGAGCGGCGGCGGCGGCGCCGGUCGGGAGGAGGCGCGCGGCGGCGGGGCCGCCAUGGGCUGGUGGGGCGGCGCGGGGCGGGCGGCAGCGGCGGCGCUGCGGAGGCUGCGGGGGCCCCGGUACAGCCUGGGCCGGGCCCCGCCGCCCCCCGCCGCCUCCGAUCUGGAGCGGGCGGACGCCUGGCUGCUGCGGAAGGCGCUGGAGGGCGGUCUCCUCUCCUGGUUCCGUAACGGGCUCCUGGCCACCGGCGUCGGCGUCAUCUCCUACGUCCAGAGCGACACCGGCCGCGACGCCGCCUACGGCUUUUUCAUCCUGGGGGGCCUGUGCGUGUCCUACGGGGCGGGGUCGUACCUGGUAAACCUGGUGCUGCUGCGCCGGCCCAUGAUGCUGCCGGCGCCCACGGCCGCCGCCAACGCCGCCGCCGCCGCGCUGCUGGCCCUGCUCUGGCUCUGCGCCCUCUCCCUGUACGUCGGGCGCCUGGAGGUGGAGAUCGUCCCCGAGGAACCCCCCGAGAAGUGACAGGCUGGGGGGGGGGGGCCCGGGGGGGGGGGCGGGGGGGGG